GGAGUUGAAAUUGGGUAGGUACCUGUCCAAUUAUUGAAUUAUAUUCAUACCUACUCUACCCCGCAUAUGCAUCACAUUUAGCCUACCUAUUACUUUUGCUCAAUAUAUUUUCCAUACGUAAUGUCUAAAGAAAUAUAAUUAGAUCACGUAAUUUGUCUCAUCAAGUGACAUUUUCCUUCAACUGUCAAAAAUCAUGUUCUUCGUAAGUAUUUCUUUCAUGAAGACCUCAACUGGACAAUUUGUUUUGUUCAGUUUUAAUCAAACCGGUGAUGUAGUAGGUAUAUUUCUUUCGUACUAUAAGUUCAUUGAUUCGAGCGGUGUUGUUUUACUAUAAACCUGAAUAUGAUCAAGCAAUUCGAAUGGUACGUCGUGUUGAUCAUUUUCUCAAUACUGAACUCACGCUUGACAAAUUCCGAAGUGACUCCAAAUCCAGCAGAAUCCACUUCAACGUCUGUAACCAUCAGCACUUCAACUAGCUCCACUGAUUUGGAAGAAAAUAAAGAUACGGAGAACACCACGUCCAUCACGCCGGAGCACACCACUGAAAAUAACUUACCCGAUUCAGAACCAUUGAGCAAAUACCGUCGAAAUGGUUUAGAUAUCGAUUACGUGGAUAAAUGGGAAGAUGAUAGGAAACGGUACAUGAUCGAAUACCCUAAUCAGUUCGAAGAAGAUUUCCAUCCUUAUUACAGAGACAGGGCUCGUUUCAAUGAUAAAAUAUUCCCAGUUAGGAUCCAAGGAUGUCCUCACUACUCGAGGGAUGUUUCACGAGACGAGAAUAUAAUACGUAGUGGUAUCUUGCAAGGAUGGCUCGGAGCUGCCAAAGGUUCCAGUGGCACCAGUACUAGAACCAAUGACAAUGAUAAACGUUUAGAAAUGUCUCCAUUUUACGUCACCACAGCUACACCCAAGACAGCUCCUUCGUAUCGGAAUCAUGCCAAUAGUAAUAAACCGUAUGCAGAUUAUGAGAACAGCAGCUAUGAUAAGCAAUCUGGUGGUGGUAAUUAUGUACAACAAAAUAAACCCAGCAAGUACUCGAACAAUAACUAUAGAGUAAAGGGGAGUGCAUCAAAGGACUAUUAUAACUUACAAGGGGGUAAUUAUGUUUCGGAUGAAAGGAAUGUCAACUCUUGGCAGUUCCCACAAGGUAGAAAUAAUCGAUUAAUUUACUACGAGUACAACUUGGAUGAUAACAGACGUCCCGAUUCUGGGUAUUACCCUCCGAGCAAUAACGAUCAAUUUACCAAUAAUAAUUAUAACCAAUGCGAUGUCGAAUACGAAGAAAAUUCUCGCAGACCUACGAAAAACAAUUAUUUUAAUGGUAAUCGUUACCAGCAGCAGACGCAAUUCGGUGGUAAUUUAAUACCCCAGUCUAGAUUUUUGACCGAUGUCAACCAAGAUCAAAAUGAUAAAGAAUACGGUUCUUAUUACUCGUCGGAAGAUGCAGGGUAUCAAAAUAGAAAUGUCGAUAGAGUGGAUAAUCGAAAUACAGGGUAUGAGUUCAAUGUACCAUUUGCUCCUACAGCGAACAAUGAUAAACUUAAUUUUCCACCACCUAUUCCGCCUACGUUGACGUCUCCGAGGGCACAAUUCAUGGCAGAAUCGGGAUCUUUAAUUAGGGAUAAAAAUUCUGUGAAAUCUAUACCGUUUGGUAGGCAUAGAUUUAAUUUUCAGUCAGGUAAUAAGUAGGUUUGUUCAUCAACACCUAUGUAUAGGUAAACUCAUUUUACCAAUUUCAAUAUUUUACUUAUUACAAUCUUUAAUUAAAAUUUGUAUGAUUUUCAUGUUCAUUUAUUAUAUAUAUCUACUAAUGUAUGAAAGUAUCAUACAGUGCAGGUAAAGUCAACAUUUUUAAAGGUCAAGUACCUCAUAUGUAACAGGUGAAAAGCCACACUUAAAUAUAACAACAACAAUGCAAUCGUUAAUGAUGUAGGUAUAAAGAUAUGUACCUACGUAAGUAAAUGUCUAAAGAUCAACUUCCGGUGUGUGUUUCAUAUUUGUUUAAACAAUAAAUGAAAUAUAAUAAAGUAAUUAGUUCGAGCAGUUCUAUGUGCUCGUAUAACAAUAACCUAACCAUGACCCGAAUGAAAUCGGUUACUCAUAUGCUCAAAUUAUAUUUCGAUCUCAAUUUUAUAAAUUUACCAACCAUUUACUUAUGUAAUAAGAUUGUACCUAAACCUAUUGUGUAAUAAAAAAGAUCAGCUAGGUACCUAUCUACUCAAGUAUUUAAUUUAAUUGGUAUUGUAAAUAUACAUAGAUCUAUUCCAUUAAUCCAAAUCCAUCGAUACAAUUUUGAAAUCUGUACAAUAAAUAAAGAUGUAAUAAAACA